AUGAAAAAGACUGAACCUACAAUUAAUAACGCGGAUAGUGAAGCUUUGCUGAAACAAGUUGCCCUCGCUGAUCAUUUGCUUGGUGCUUGGAAAGAUGGCAUUCUAACCAUUGGAACUCUUGGUUAUGAUCCCUUGAAAUCCAUCAACCAUCACACAGAGUACUUUGCUUUGGAAACUGAAGAUGAACAAGAAGCUGAAGGAGAGCAUAUCAUGGUUGAUGAUGAGCAGGAAAAUUACUAUAAUGCUGAGCAUGAGGAACUGAAUCCAUUGAUAUACAACACAUUUGAGCACAACUUUGAGGAUGUUGUCAUUGAUCAUCAAAACCAUGGUGAUGAUGAUGCUGACGCUAGCAAAGAGGAAGUGGUUAGGAGCUUCAAUGAGAUUGUUCUGGCUACUCCACCUGUCAUUUCUCUUGAUGUCAUAGAAUCAAAUGAUGUUGAGACUGAUCAAAAGAAGAAGAAAGGAGAAAGGAUCACAUUAGCUGACCUCUUCUUGGCUGAUUCCGAUGUGAAGAUAAAAUUGGACCCUGCCAAAGUCUGUCACCUUUCUUCAAGUGAAAAACCAAACCUUAAAGCAAAGCAUGGACUGUCUUUUGCCAAGAAGCUCAUUCCUCGUGUUAAGGACAAUCCCCGUCCAAUGAAAGAUAUCAAAAAACUGAUGAAGAAGAUGUUAAAGAGGAAAAUCCACCCAGAUCUUGAUGUUAAGAAUCACAAACCCGAAGGUCAGGAAGUCAAUACAGCUGGGUUAAUCAUUGAUAAUAAUCACAUGAAUGAAGGCAACAACUCAAGUUAUUUUCUUCCAAUUUAA